AUUUGCACUGAACACUGCGGAGAAAAGCACACCAUUUGUUUAGAAAAUGUCAAGACGCAGUAAUCGCAUCACAUUACAAGAAAGAAAUGAAAACGCACCAGAACAAAAUAAACCUCUGAGGAAAAGAAAAGGCGAGCAGUGCAAUAGAAGAGUCCCGUCAGCAGCUAAGAAACAACACUAUGAGAUUCAGAACCGGCGUUUUGAAGGAGAUAUUAGUCCCAGUGUGUUAAUCGAGACUCCUCAGAAAGAGGUUCAUCAGGAGACCAGUAAUCUUUCUGGUUUCAAGCGCUUCAGAUUCAAGAACCUCUUUGUGAAACCCUCUCCGCUGCCAUGCCUCAGCUGGGCCAGUUCAGAUGAUGUGUGGAUAAAGAUGCUAAACAAGGAGCUGAAGUAUGUACACGACAAGGGCUUCAUCCAGCAGCAUCCAACCCUGCAGCCCAAAAUGAGGUCCAUUCUGCUCGACUGGCUCAUGGAGGUCAGUGAAGUUUAUACUCUCCACCGGGAAACAUUUUACUUGUCUCAGGACAUCUUUGAUCGCUUCAUGCUCACUCAAAAAGACAUCGGCAAAGAUCAGCUGCAGCUCAUCGGCAUAACGUCACUCUUCAUCGCCUCAAAGAUCGAGGAGAUUUACCCGCCAAAGCUCCAGGAGUUUGCUUACGUGACGGACGGGGCCUGCAACGAGGAGGAGAUUCUGGCUAAAGAGCUUGUGAUACUGAAGGCGUUGAAGUGGGAGCUCUGUCCUGAGACCGUCAUCUCAUGGUUGAAGCUCUACUCCCAAGUGGACUCUUCGAAGGACGAUGCUAAUUUCCUCAUUCCUCAGUUCUCGCAGGAAACCUACAUCCAGAUCACUCAGUUGUUGGAUCUUUGCAUUCUGGACAUGAAUUGUUUGGAUUACCAGUAUGGAGUCCUCGCUGCUGCUGCGUUUUGUCACUUUACUUCUUUUGAAACGGUCCAUAAAGUAUCAGGGCUCACAUGGGACAGCAUAUCAAGCUGUGUGCGGUGGAUGAACCCAUUUGCACGAGCGGUACGUGAAUGGCCCAGACCACAGCUGAAGGACUUCAAAAAGGUGGCGGCAGAAGGCCGACACAACAUACAGACCCACGUGGACUAUCUGGCCAUGCUGAGUGAAGCACAUGAUCGGCAGCAGGACAGCUUGGACCGGAUGUCUCCAUUGGCUGUAGCUGGAAUACUGACCCCUCCUAAAAGCACUGAGAAACCUGCUAAUUGAAAUUGAUGGAGAACCCGAGUUUGGUUUCCCAGAGCAGUAUUUGAAGCACUCAGAAGUGCCUUCCAUCGAAGAAUGGAUUAAUAUACAUUUUCUGAAGCUAGAAAUGAAACUUUAAUGAUCAUAAAGCUGAACCUGCUUAAGAGCUUCUGGCUAUGUUGCCAGUUCAGAAGUCUGCACAGAUGCUGCUGCUGCUUCAUGGAUCAUAUGUUACCAUUUUAUGUUAUGUAAAUACAAUUUAAUUUUAUUGUGAGUGUGUUUGUGUGUGAUGUGAAACGUAUGUUCUGAAUUUUGGCGUGAAUGUGUUAACCCAGUGGUGCUAACUGCUUGUUAAACAGGACGAGCCUGUACAGCCAGCCGAAUCGCUUAUUGGCCUAUUUUCUUAAACCUUCAGGUCCUUGUGAACAUCAUUCCCUUGUUUUAAUUCUCAAGAUACUCCUGUAAGACUUGACUGUUUUCACCCCUCAGAAGUGAAUUUACCAAACUGAAUUUAAGCAAAGUGCAUAUUUAUUUCAAAUCGAUAGAUUUUCAGUUUUAAUAUUUGAAUUGCAAUUUUGUUCCUCAAUGCCAAAGGCAUAUUUAAUAAUUUGAGGUGCUUGCUAUUUAUGAAUUUAAUGCCUUUUGUUUGUAGCAUAGCUUGAAUAAAAUUUGACCUGGGCUUGAGCCAGUCAUGUUAGCUUCAUUGUUGAUUUGAGAACAGUGUAAAAAUGUACUAUGAAUUGUACAGAAGAUGUAUAUGUGUACAAAUAAUAAUUUCAAGACUGUAAUGUGUAAUUUCCAAUGUGAAGGUAUUAAAAGUAAAAUGAGU